AUGGCAGCCACCGAGAACCCAUCCAAGAAGGAAGUCACCGUACCCGUAGACCGCAAGGUCCGCGACAGAGACGUACAGCGCAAGCUACAGUACUUUGGCAUCUACAACGCAUUUGCAAACAAGAAGCUCCCCUCAAACAAGCAGAUCGAUGUCGCACUCAACUCCGCCCUCGACUCAGACAUCCUCAAGAAGCCAUCCUCCGAUUUGUCUGCCGAAGGCCGCAAGCUCGUCCAGGACCUGCGCGAGGUCAUUGACCAGGCAAAAGUCCUCCUCCUCACAAAAAACCACGACGAGCAGCUCCAAAACUUCAUCUGGCACUCUGCAAACCUAGACGUCAAUGCAUCCACGCCCAAUGUGCCCGUCUCCCAGUCAGAGGCACAGCGCGAUGGUCAAAAGGCAGUCGACGGCCUCAAAACCCUCGGCACACUCAUGAUCACAAACGGACAAUUCCGCAAGCUGCUCUCAGACGCAGGCAUCCUCCUCCAGGACAUGGUCGCCGAUGCAGGCAGCAAGGCCGUCGACAAGGCAGCCAACUUGCCAGAGCGUAUUCGCCCAGACGAAGAGGCACGCAACAACCUCGACGAGCCAGCACCAGACAACCAGUGGCACGAGAAGCCAGACGUGCAAGGCCUCAAGCAGCAGGCAAAGGACGGCCUCGACCAAGCAAAAGAGGCCGCCCGCACAGCAAGGUCUGUUGGCCAAAAUGCAGCGCAAGAGGCCAAGCAAGGUGCACGUGAAGGCAACGACAACCAAGACUCUGCCAACCGUGCCGCCGACCGCGCCGCCAAUGCCAAUGAUGCACUCGAAAAGAAGGACGAGCUCAAGCAUGAUGCAAAGCAGAAGAAGGCCGAGGCUCAAGACUCCACCAAGCAGUACCUCAAGGAAAAAGUCCCCGAAGAGCGUCGUGAUGCUGCCAUCCACCGCCUCAAGAAGAUGGUCGUUGAAAUUCAGGACCAUGAAGACUACAACGAUGCAAUCGAGACGCUCCUCGACAUGGCAGAAAAGUACGCCGGACACUCACGCAAGGUGGCCGAGCAGGCGGGUGGCCAAGUCCAACAGGCACACGGCUCCAGCAGCAACUUGCAAAAGGCAGAGGCAGAGCUCAAGUCACUCCUCGAAAACUUUGCCAAUGCAACAAGCACAGACGACUUUUUCGAUGCGUUGGAUGAUCUCUACAAGGAUGCCGACAACGACCGUGAAUUCAAAAACUGGUUGUCCAAGGUUGACAAGUACAUCCGUCGUUGUCUCAAGGAAACAGGCUACAUUCUCAAGGACGAGUCCACCGAGGAAUACAACAAGCUCGAGAAGGAUGGCCGAUACUUCCUCCAAGACAAGUACCAGGAGCACUGGGACCGUCUCAUGGAUGAGGUCAAGCGUUUCGGUGAUGCAUUCGCCCAAGACCCCGAGAAUGUGCGUUUCGGCAACGCUGUGCAGCACUUGAUUGACGACCUCGGCAAGGACAAGGACGGCAAGCCUGCCUUCAAGAAGCACCUCCUCAAGGACGUCGGCAAUGUCAUCUUGCCUGCUCUCUUCCGUCGCAUUCGUUACGUCCCAGUGCCUCGCAUUGAAGUCAUGGACCCUGCUGUCGAUGUUGUUAUUGAGAACCUCAUUCUCGAGGGACAAAACAUCAUCCCCAACUUGAUUGAGGUCAAGAAUGACAACUUCCUCAAGUACUCUGCCUACAGCAAGAUCAAGAGCAAGCACACCCACAUGUUUGAGAUUCGUCUUUCGCAAAUCCAGCUCGACCUCAAGGACAUUGCCUACUACGUGCACAAGAAGCAGGGAUUCCCCAGCCUCAAGGAUACCGGUAUUGUCGAUGUCUUGAUCUCUGGCUCUGGUCUCACCGUCGAUAUCGGCCUCGAGACUGCCGACGAAAAGGCUGGCGAGCACUUCUUCAAGCCCGCCAAGGUGUACGUCAACAUCCACCACAUGGACGUCAAGCUGCAAAAGUCAAAGCACAAGCUCUUGUUCAGCAUCUUCCGUCCUCUCCUCAUGUCCACCAUGCGCCCAGCUAUUGCCAAGGCUGCCGAGAAGCAAAUCGCUUCUGCCAUUCGCGACGCCGAUGCCGAAAUUUAUGACAUGUACAAGGAGGCUCAGCGUUUGAAGGAGAAGGCCAAGAGGGAUGACCCAGAAGCAGCUGCCAACGAGGCCAAGUACUAUGUCGAGUCGCUCAAGAAGCGCUUCAACCGCUCUGCCGAGGAGAAGAAGAAGCGCGCUUCAAAGACGAAAGUCAAUGUUGCUACCACGGCUGAUGGCAUUCAGCUCCAGAAGAAGCUACCUGGCUUGACCUCCAACUUGGCCACCGAGAUGAAGGAGAAGGCUCGUGAGGGUGAUGCCUGGCACUGCCCCAUCUUUUCCGUUGGUUCUGCCAAGGAGACUUCCAACUUGCCCAAGCCGCGUGAGGUCAAGCGUCGAAGCCCCAACAAGCCUGUUGACAAGACUGGCCACCGUCAGUCUGGCUCUGCCUCUGGCUACGCUGCCGGUGCUGCUCUUGGUGGUGCUGGUCUUGGCGGUGCUGGUCUUGGUGGUGCUGGUCUUGGCGGUGCUGGUCUCGGUGGUGCUGGUGCCGCUUAUGGCUCAAGCGCUUACCCAACUGGCGCUUACACCACCACCGGCUCUUCUGGUCUCAAUGGCGCAACGGCCAUUGACUCUGCCAACGCUGGCCAGACUGGCGCUUACGAGUAUGCCACGACUGCUGGUCAAGGCCUCACUGCCGUCCACGGCCAGUCUGUUGCUGGCAACACAGUCUUGCCCUCGCAAGGAGCUGACUUGCUUCCGCCCAUCAUUCGCGGACAGCCUCUGUAG